AUGAAGAGAGAUCAGUACUCGUUCGAGCUGCUCAAAAGCAACUCGAACAUGGAACUGUCGACGGGAGUGGGUCCGGCCACUCCGUUGCCCAGAAACUUCUCGCAGUAUGACAGUAUUCGAAUCGCGCCCGCGUCACAGUCCGCAAUUCGGAAGCCGCCAGUUGAGAAGGUGAGUUGCACGUUGAUUUCUAUCAUCUUUCCCUCGAUAUUACACCACUAAAAGUACAUGUUUCGAGAGUUCGUAAACCAAAUAAUGUCCAGAGCAUUUCUAUUGUUCUCCACUCCCGUGCACAUUUUCAUGAUAUCAUAAUAAUAUGUCGCUCGCACUUAAUUAUUCCUAGUAUUCUGAAGUGAGCUGCUGAGCUGCCUAUAUGAGCUGUGAAGGUGUGCGGCGGCUUCUUCUGCCAACUCAUUUCCAAUUAAUUUCUCCCCCGUUUCGCCUCCAUUAUUUGGCACGACACUGACAUAUUUAUGCUUUGCUCUCUCGCCUCUAACGGAAAUUCACUUUUUUUGCGUGCGCGCACGCGUUCGUUUCUGCAAAAUUCCUGCACUGAGAUGAGAUCGAACGAGUGAGAAGAUGGAAAAAUGAACGGUUUGAAGGAGCCCGGCGCUCGUUCGGUCAUUUUAAAUGAUUUUGUGUGGCUCCCCAGUCUUCUGAUCUAUUGUCCCAUCGAAUACUUCUGAUUUGUGACCACUCUCUCUUCGCCCACAUGACUCUUCCGAAAUUCAAUGCCACCCGCCAAUGUGUGGGUCCAAAAACAGAAUGGUCUAAUUGUUUUGGUUUUGGUUUGCGCCGCCCAAGACGUCGGCAAGCGCAAUUCGAAUUCGGUUCGAAAUGAAUACAUUGUGUGUGUCGCUUGAAACGCGUAGUAAGUGUAAUUCGAUACACGUUUUUGACAAGACAACACACUGAAAAUGGAAAUAAACAUGUGCGCAUUCUCAAGUCUGAAACCGCUGCGCUUACACAGCUUUCAUAGCUUUCCGAAAAGGCUCGUAAACUUUGAGGUAGGUGAGCAGACUCUCCAAAACGGAAAAAGCCAAAGAGGCGGAGAAUCUGUUUGAGAAUGCAUGCAUUUGUUGUGUUCAGAUUGUCAACGACACCUCGUUUCCUCCUUCUCACUUUUUGUCGCCCACUUCGAAUCGCACCGAAUCUUUGUGAAGUUUUCGAGUCUUGGCCGGGCAAACGCGCUCUAUUAGACGCCGAUCACUUGUCAUCCGUUAGUCUUACUCAUGAAAUAUGCGCUCCAAUUCAUUUCACACACUGUCAGAAGGCUCCCAAAACUGAAUCCAAUUUGACCUCUUGCUCGAGAAAAGAAGAUGUCGGUCCACAUUUCUCUCUUCUAAUUUUUCAAUUUUUCGAGACGAACCCGCCUCUUUUUGUUCGCCCCGUGCCUUUGUUCGCAUGUUUGAAUGAAUUAGAGACGAGAGCUCCCUUCCAAAUUGAACUGACAGGACACACUCUUUCUCUUUUUCGUUUUUGAGUACACAACACUCAUUCGCACCUAAAUGGCCGAUUCUUCUAGAGAUUCCAGUCCGUGGAGAGUUGUCUGUCAUCAUCAGGUAAGACUGUACACGCACAGUUCGGGAAACCUGGUUGCGAAAUGUCCACGAGGUGUAAAAGUGGAAUAAUUGUCCAGUUGCAAAACGGUCCUUUAAUAGGAAUUGAAGCAGGGCGAGCCACUUGACAGACAGCCCAUCUUUCAUUCAUUUCUUCGAUGAUACUUUGCUUGUCCACCCCCUCAACUGAAGCCGUGUUUGAUCUACCAGAUCAAAACUGACUCAAUGACGUCACCGAGAGGAAGUGGGGACAAGAGAACGAAUAAAUGAGUUAUGGGUUGGGUUGGUUUCACGCGAUCCAGAUGAAUGACGAAUUCCAAGGCUCCGAACUCUUCAAAUACCAUCAAAACAUUCUUGCAAAGUCAGAAUUGCCGCUCGUUUCCUCUAUUGUCUCCUUCAGAAGAGACUGCCUAUCAAAUUUCGUCUCUCUCUCUCUCUCUCUCUCUCUCUCUCUCUCGAAAUAUAUACCCCUUCCAAUUUCCGCAAAUACCUUGCUCAAUUCAUUCACUUCACAAACCAAUCUUUUUGCUAUUUUUCCUUCCCAAAAAAAGGCUAGUAAUAGUGUGUCAAAAAUAGCCGCGCUCCAACGCUAUAGUAGCGAAAGAGAAAGUAAAAAAGUAAAAAGUAGACCGGAAGUGGGAUUGGUCGGUCAGUUGUUGUGUACAUUCUUUCUGCAAAAAUAGGUAGGCUAUGUUCCGUUGUAUAUGAAUGAAGAGUUGAUUGACCGUAAAGAAAAUGAGAGAGGUGUACGAAUGUGGAAACUAACUAAAUGUACUGUCAGGUAGUUUCAUCCUGGACCCAAUUCCUAAUAACUUGGAAUCAAUUCAAAACCUUGCACCCAAUCCCUUGACAUUUCCGCCCAUAUCAUCUCAUCCGCUAUAAGCAAGAUCAGACACCGGUCCUCAGAAAUCCGUGCUCAAGAACUCGGCGCCGAUUUAUUUCGUCAUACAUCAAUUUCCGGUUGUCACAGCCCUUUUUUGGGAUGGAUGUUUUGCGUCGAGAUGUAUGUCUUUCGUAGAUGCAAUCAGAAUGCUACAAAAGCGGUUACGUUUCCACGUCACGAACAAAAAGAGACGAGGAGGAGAAAGGACCAUCGCACCCAAUUUCAGCGGGAUCUCCUCCUCGUUGGCGGGCGGCUAAUCCAAAUUCCAUCUCAAUUCCAAUUUCCUUCUCCCCACCCGUGCGCCUUCUAGUCUCGGCGCCAGUGUCUGCGUCUGCGACUCUCCUUCCUUCUACGCUCCGCCCCUUUUCUUAGAUGAGGUCCUACGAGCCCCUCAGUCCAGAGCAAACCGCCAUUGCUAGAGGCUAUUCCUGACAUGAACAUGGUCCGAAACCACGUCAACUAUCACCGAUCCUCAUUGACUUCGCCGACAAUGAUCAACGCGUACUCGCUGGUCCGUUCUUUCUGAGUUUGUUUGCAAACAAAGACAUUCGAAUUUCAAUUCAUUGUGUCCCGCCCAUUCGGGGUAACCGUGGGCGACUGGUCCGCGCGCAAAACAUUUGACACCGGGCUCAACGAAGCAAAACCAACUCUCUCAUACAUAUUAUUCCUCGUCUAUGUCUCGACGUACUUUGCAGAAGUCGGAAGAGGUCAUCGAUGUGUCGGAGGGCGAAAUGAACGAGUUCUCGUCGUUGAUCGGAUUCGUCGGCGGUCCUCGAAAUCCGGGAUGCAGCUACGGAGGGUGAGUUGAACGAAACCAGUGAAAACUCAUAUGUAAACUUUAAUCUUGACGCUUCUGCAACCUUGUGCCUGAAGACGUGAGAUUCUGCAAAAGUGGGAAAACUUUUGACGGGAACUGGUCGCAGAAGACUUCUCUAAUUGUUAAUUGAAAGUGGGGGUUCUCUAGUGUUUUGUGCUCACAAAUCACAUUCUUCUAAAAAAAGACAAAUGUCUCCAAUUUCAAUUCCAUUGCCAUUUCGUCUCCUCCUCCUCCCCCACUUGACCGUCCGCUUCCUCGGCGGUGAUAUCAUUUGACAGACGUGUCGGCCACACGUCCAACUCGUUCAAAUGAGCGGCCCAAUGAUCGCGUCCAAGGUCCAACUCGUUGAUUUUGUGAACUUGCUAAUUUAAAAUGAGCUCGUGUAGAGGGAGAGGCCGGUGUCGAAUUACGCGAGAAAUGGUUUCAGAUUUGCGCAAGAGGACCCGGCCUACGAAAAGGCGGUCAGCGAGUGCCACGUCAUCCAGGAACGCAAAGAUUUUGCAGAAGCGGUUCUUCUCAAGUGCAUUGACAAUAAACGUAAGGAUCUGAAGAGAGACGACUCUCUAGUCGAAUCCGUACAAACCCUGAGGCCAAGAUUGAACUCGAAUCGAGCCGACGAAUUUGCAGCGCUCUUCCCGUACAUGCAUUUCGCACAAUUCAAAAACGUGGACUACACGCACCGAGUUAAGCAGAUUUCCGACUUGGCGCGCGAUUGCUCGCCCACUCACGGCAGUCUUUAUGGUUCGUUGAACACGGGUGACACGGGAAGGAACUACACGGGCUCUAUAGACUAUAGUGGCUACAAACUGCAAUAACACAAACAACUGCAGCGGACUUUAGUUUCACAAAUCGUUUCCAGUCGUCUCUUCUCUAGAAUAAUGACGCGGCGGAAAACGCGAAGAAGCUCAUAAAUCUUUCGCCUCUUUCUCCCAUGAAAAUGGAUGGAUGCGGGGAGGUAAACAUAUUCUCGAGCCUAAAAAUAGUGCUAUGUUUGUUUGCUGAUGAGCGAGCGGAUGGACAGAAGAAGUGUACGAAUUCAGAUUGCGUUUGGUUUUUGAGGCGUCUCUCAAGAGGGUGCGGGUGGUCGAAAGUUAAGAGGAUUAGCCGCGUGUUUUUAGGCAAAAGUUCACAGCUCACUCAUUCGCUUUUGAUCACCGUAAAACACAAGUUGGAGCUCGGAUAAGUGGCUCAUGUUCCAGGGUGUUAUGACGAGGUGUACUCGAUCCAGAAGACGGCAAGUGUCGGCGAGAAUCGUCUGCCGGCGCAUCGUCACUCCGGCUACAUUGUCAUCGGAUUCAAGCUGCUCGAAGACGCCGGAAAGCAGGGAACGCUCGAGAAGACGUGGCUGCAAUGGAGCGGCGCCCGCGAGAUCUACAAGCACUCUCCGCGCUCGUGGAACCUGAGACGCAUCUCGUUGAUGAGGUGUCCGACCAAGUCAGUAAAAUGUUCCAAUUCGUUUAUUACAAGGGUGCUACAAACACAAAAACGAACGUGUGUGAGCAAAGUGAAAUAAUGAUUGCAUUUACAGCCACAAAAACGGAUUGCAACGACCGUUCGCCUACAUUCUGAUGUGCGAGUACGGAAGCAUUUUGCAUCCGUCCAACACCAUACAGGCUCUGGACAUUUGCGAACGACUUCGGGUCAGAAACUGCGGACAUAUUGCGUUGUAUCAGGUGAGGAAGCAAGCAAGGAAGCGACAGGGCGAGAGAGAGAGAGAGAGAGAGAGAGAGAGAGAGAGAGAGAUUUGGAAAAACGGGAUGGCGCACGGGAGAAUGCUAAGGAAGCGAACACAGAAAAAGAGGAUGGGUGGGCUUUUGAGAAGAAGAAGGGGAUAA